GGAGAGAGAAACACGACACCCCGACAGAGGAAGGGGGGGCAGUGGUGUGCGCGGGGCUAAGAGAACGGAGUAUGGAAAAGGAAAAGUCUGUUGCUAGUGAGAGAAAGGAGAAAAAACUGGCCCCAUUUUCUGGGUGAAAACUUUUUUCUUUGUGAUCAUGUUUUGACUGCUGUCUGGAAGGACGAUGAGGAAGAAUCUACCAUGCAACAUUGUAUCAGCUUGCAAUUUAAGAUCGCAGUUCUAACACUAUCCUUAAGACAACCCCAAGUCUAUCAGCACGACGCUCUCAAACUUCUGGCAACGCCAUUCAGACUUGAGUAGUGCAUUUCCCCGAGGCCAGGGCAACUUUUGGCUUUAGUACCUCGCCGUCUAUAACACAUGAAAAAAAGAAACGUAGAGUUCUAAAGUAUCUAAAAGGCAACAGAAGGUGUGGAAUUUGGGGGAUUUUUUUGUUAAAAGUUUGCAUACGACUUUAGGAAGUGCGAACUUAAUUAUCUUCAUCCCAAGAAAGAACAACGAAGCGGGUGUCAGCGAGCUAGCCAACUAGCAACCAACUAGCUAACACAGGCUAGUAAGCUAGCCAUCUGAAGAGCCGCACAACGGGAAAGUGUCCUGACUGCCCACUGAACAGAAUCACCAUGAAAACCCCGGGGGACACGGGGUUCGCCUUCCCUGACUGGGCCUACAAGCCCGAGUCGAGCCCUGGCUCGCGGCAGAUCCAGCUGUGGCACUUCAUCCUGGAGCUGCUGAGGAAGGAGGAGUACCACGACGUCAUCGCCUGGCAGGGCGACUACGGGGAGUUUGUCAUCAAGGACCCCGACGAGGUGGCCCGCCUGUGGGGGGCACGCAAGUGCAAGCCCCAGAUGAACUAUGACAAGCUGAGCCGGGCUCUGAGAUACUAUUACAACAAGAGGAUUCUUCAUAAAACUAAGGGGAAAAGGUUCACCUACAAGUUCAACUUCAACAAGCUGGUCCUGGUCAACUAUCCCUUUAUAGACAUGGGCUCUGGUCGAGGGGUCCCCCAGAGCGCCCCCCCCGUGCCGACAGGCAGCAGCCACUUCCGCUUCCCCCCGUCCACGCCGUCCGAGGUGCUGUCCCCCAGCGAGGACCUGCGCAGCCCGGGCGUGUUCAGCAGCGUGGCGCGCCGCAUGGCCCGGGGCUCCGUGUCCGACUGCUCCGACGGCACCUCCACCAACUCUGAGCUGGAGGAGGGGCUGGGCGGGGGAGAGGAGCGCCCCGGCGGGGCCGAGAGGGCCUACAGGAACCUCCUCCACCCCCGCCUCCCUCACGACUCCCUCUUCAGGGUGUACGGGGGGAACCCCGGGGUGCUGGGCCGCCACCCGCCCUCCCACCGGCUGCACCCGGACUCCCUCUCCCCGUUCCCCGUCUCCCCCCUGCCCGGCCCCGGGGGGCUCCUGGCCCCGCCCCUCUCCCCGGCCCUGUCUAUGACCCCCACCUCCCACCUGCCCUACUCCCCCUCCCCCUCCCUGUCCCCCAUGCUGGGCUCCCACUUCUCCUUCAACCCCGAGGACAUGAAGCGCUACCUGCAGGCCCACACCCAGAGCGUCUACAACUACCACCUCAGCCCCCGCGCCUUCCUGCACUACCCCAACAUCGUCAUCCCCCAGCCCCACCGCCCCUCCGUGGGCCCCGACAGCAAGGCCAGCCUCAGCCUCGGCCACCACCCCCACCAAGGCCCGGCCCACUCCCAUUCUCUGCACCAGCCGGCGGGGGAGGAGCUACAGCACCCGUCUCCCUUCAAGUUCAAGCUGCAGCCGCCGCCCCCUGGGCGCAAGCAGCGAGACGGCUCCGCCCACUCAGACGGGGGCUCCACCUCCAGCUUAGGCUCCUCCUACCCCGGCUGUGGGAUGCUAUCUGGCUCCUCCUCUGCUGGGCUUCCUAAGAUCAAGGUGGAGCCCAUAUCAGAUGAGUCCGAGGAAGAAGAGGUGGAGGUGACCGACAUCAGUGAGGAAGAGGACGAUGACGAAGGGGACGUCUUCACCCCCCUGCAGCCGCAUGCCAACGGGAACGCCCCCCACAUCGCCAAUGGCAACCCUGAGGAGGACCUAGACGAGGACGUGUUCAAGACCCCUGCAGCCCCCCUCCUGGUGGGAGGCCCCAGUCCCGGUCCCCUGGUCGGCCUGAAGAGUGAGCUGGUCCAGGGGCCUCCAGCCAGCCCCAGCGGGGCGCUCUGCAUCCCCCUCAAGCAGCGCUUCAAACGCCGCUGGAGCGAGGACCAGAAGAUGGAGGCCGACGGCGAGAGAGAGGAGGCGGAGGACAAGAAGGUACGGGCGGAGAGAGAGGAGGUGGCGGGCCGGGCGGAGAGCGGGAGAGGGGAGACUCCUCCCCUGAGUCUGGGAGCCCCGCCCCCGCCGGCCCAGCGCCGAGCCAGCUCCGAGCUGCAGAGAGCCACCGCACAGCUGUCUCUGGAGAACUCUGGCUGCUGAGGCCUGGGGAAAACACACACACUCAGAGACACGGACACACACACCUUUUGAGACAAACACAAGUUUUGUACCCCCACACAC